CGAAGGUUUUUUAAAAGAAAUAUGAAACGAAUUGUGAAAAGUUCUAUUUUAUAUUAAGUAUGGCAACUUCAUUAACGUGUGUUGGAAUCUUUUGGGCAUUGUUAUCAUUUACAGCGGCAAUAUCAUGUUUUACUGGAUUUUAUUUACCAUUUUGGAUAAAGGGUCGUUUAUUAGAUAAAGUUGAUGCAUACUUUAGUACAUUUCGACGAUGUAAUUAUCCAAAAAUUACAACGUUAGGUGAAGUACAAAUUAUCGAAGAAUGUGGUCGUUAUUCGAGAUUUGCAGAUAUUCCGAGUAUUUGGUGGCAAAUUAGUACAAUUUUGGUUGGUAUAGCAAGUGCCUUAAGUUUAUUAGUAUCAAUAACUGCCUUAGCUGCAUUGUGCCUUACAUAUGUGGUGCAUGAUGGAACAGCGCGAGUUGGUGGUGCCAUGCAAUUGUUAGCUUGUUUACUUCUUGUAUGCGGUCUAGCAUUGUAUCCUUUAGGAUGGGAUAAUAAAGAAAUCAAAGAGUCCUGCGGGGAUAGUGCUACAAUUUAUAAUAUUGGUACAUGUGAAGUAUCAUGGUCAGCAUAUAUUUUAACUAGUUCAAUAGUUUUAUUAUUUUUAUGUUUUUGUUUAAGUUUUUGUGCGUCACGAUAUAAAAUUAGUUCAUUUGGUAGUUGA